AUGGGCAACAGAUUAAAUCUUCAGUUUCUUAUUUGCUGCUUGUUCUUCUUUUGCUGCUGCUGCUGUUCUUGUCUGCGUGGAAUUCACGGUGCCAGAAACCAGGAAACUAUUUUAGGAACCAGUUGUGUGUUGCCUCAUGAAGCUGAUAUUUACUUGCAGAAAUUAGAGAAGAAGACCGUAGAGGAAAAUAGUAAUUGGGACAUGGCUAAAGGGUGCAUGAGUGGGGCUAGAAGGCUAUUGGGUGGGCCGGGAUCGUCGCCACCUCGUUGCAUAUCCAAAUGCGGUAAAUGUACGCCGUGCAAGCCGGUACAUGUGCCAGUGCCGCCUGGAAGACCGGUGAUUGCCGAGUACUAUCCCGAGGCGUGGAGGUGCAAAUGUGGCAACAAGUUAUACGUGCCCUGA